AUGAUAAGCUUAGAUGAGAGCCAUGUACCGAAGUCAUAUGAGGAAGCCAUGAAGGACAAGGAAUGGAGGGAAUCAGUAGGAGCUGAAUCCAAUGCAAUGAUCAAGAAUGACACUUGGUAUGAGAGAAAGACAGCCAAGACUCCCUUGGAAGAUGGAUACAAGGUUCCACGUGAGGGGGAGAUUGAAGACAGUCCACCAUUCAAGGAUGCAAAGCUUUAUAGGAAGCUAGUGGGUAAGCUUAUAUACCUAACCAUCACACGUCCUGAUAUUUGUUUUGCUGUGAACCAGGUAAGCCAGCAUAUGCAAGUUCCAAAAGAACAUCAUUGGGGAAUGGUGAACCGGAUCUUGAUGUAUCUCAAUGGCUCAGCGGAUCAAGGAGUGUGGAUGGGGUGUAAUGGGAGUACUGAAGUUGUGGGCUACUGUGAUGCGGAUUGGGCAGGAGAUAGAGCAGAUAGAAGGAUGGUUACUUGUGAAAAGGGUGAUGGUAACUAUGAAGAGUUACCAGCACUUGAUCAGACCGUUGAGGGAAGGAUAAGGCCGCGGCUUGACAGGCUGUAUGCAGCUGGAAAGGGAAAGCAACCUUAUCCACUCAUCCCACACAUGUGGAGUCUCCCAUUGGCUUAG